AUGAAUACUAAUACAAGCAGAAUUAGCUAUACUCUGUUAGCUGCACCAUAUCAACUAAAUAUUUGGUUUGGCUCAUUUCUUUGGAUAGCUGGUAAUAUUAGUUCAAUAGGUAAUAUGAUGGUGUUUUGUUCUCGAUCAUUUCGUAAUCGAGCUUAUUCAAUUUAUUUAUUAUCAAAAUCAAUGACUGAUUUUGUUUAUUUUAAUUUUGUAUUAUUAACACGAAUACUUGAAAAAGGUUUUGGGAUUCCGAUUAAUAAUCGUUAUGAUAUUAUGUGUAAAUUUCGACAAUUUGUUUCAUUAUGGUGUAAUCAAGUGUCUUUUACAUUAUUUGCAUUUGCAACAGUUGAUCGACUUUUAUCGACACAAAGGUCAAAUAAAUAUCGUCGAUGGAGUAAUCGUAUUUCAUUAGCCUACAAACUAUCAAUAACAUGUUUGUUCAUUUGGUUUUUACUCAUUGGUCAUCGACUUAUUUUAUAUAGUAUAAGAAAUGGGAUAUGUGUUGGCCUCCCAGGUGUAUAUGCAGAUUACGAUAUUUAUUUUGAAGUAAUAUUUGCUGGAAUGUGUCCACCCAUAGUGAUGUUUGUACUGGCAUAUCUAUUAAUACGAAAUGUUCGAAAUGUUAUUCAACGACGUAUCGUUCCGAAAAAUAAUAUUUCAUUUAUAACGAUUACAAAUCGACCCACUCUUCAACAAUUAGAUUCACAAUUAACGUUAAUGCUCAUAUUACAGUCAAUUAUUACUAUAAUAACAUAUGUUCCACAUGCAGUUGAAUUAACCUAUACAAAUUUAAGUAAAAAUUGGUCAAAAUCAUGUUUACAAAUGGCUGAAGAACAAGUCUUUAUUGAUUUCGUACAUUUACUUUCGUAUAUAUUUUUCGUUUCUAGCUUUUACAUAUCUAUCAUCUCAAAUAGUGGAUUUCGUCGACAUAUUAAAGAAUCAUUUCGUAGAAAAAAAACUAAUAAUUCUACACGUACUACACAUGCGAUAAUCCGUACCGAUGCAGCUGUUAUUAUUCAGCGGAAAUAA